GUUUCAUUGUAUUCCUCGCAACUUAACAACAUGGAGGUAAUCGAGACUAUUGUGACUGAAAAUGUUGAAGUCGAAGAAAACGAAACUGUGGUGUCCAGUCUGGACCCUGAAAAAACAAAAGCAGAAUUUGUAUGGACCCUGCAGGCCACAUGGCACCUUGUUAACACACGCCUGGAAAUGGACCAGGCUUUUGACCAACCAGUAUGUAAAAAAAAGAAACUGUGGGAAAUGGUGGCAGAGAAGGUUAACGCCAAGCUAAGAGAAUCAGGAAACUGUGAUGUGAUAGUCAAGGCAUACGAAUGUGAUCUCAAGUGGAGAAACAUGCUGGCCACGUACAGGAAGAAUGCUGAAAGGGCCAAGAGGCUGGGGGUCAACAGUGUCCACUGGGAGUUUUUCAAGGCCAUGCAUGAGGUUUUGGGCAAGAGCAGGGAGGAGAUAGAAGCACAACGCAGGGCUAAACUAAGUGGGACUAAACUUGGCAAGGCCAUAGCCAGCAAAAGGUUUACUCCUAUCCUCCCCACACCUCCUCCAGCUGCAUCCCCCAGCCCUGCCAGGCCUCCACAAGACGUCCUACAGCUGUACAUGGAGCUGCAGGAGAGGAAGAUGAACAUGUGGGCCCAGCAGAAGGCCCUGGAAGAGAGGAAAAUAGAGGCCAUUAACAACCUUGCCCAGGCCAUUUCUAGCCUAGCUCAAAAAAACUGUGCUCAACUUCCAAAGGAUGGACACUAA